AUGAAGGAGGAGAGAGAGGUAGAGAUGGAACGCUUAUACCUGUACAUCGGAAGGGCUCUCCUUUCCUUUGGGAUCAUCUCCAUUUUCUUGGGAAUCAUCACCUUCUUCCCAGUUUUUACCUACAAGCCCUGGUUUGCCGGAUGGAGUGCCAGGAUCGCAUGUCCCAUCUGGAAUGGAGCUGUGGCUUUCAUUGUCGGAGUUGUUAUGUUGCUUGCAGAGAGAGACCACAUCUCACGAUAUCUGAGACAGGUCGGCUUCACCUUCGCUAUUGUCAAUCUCAUGGCUUCACCCAUACAAUUCAUCAUUGCUCUGGCUGCCAUCCUGAUUGGUCCAAUCUGCUAUUACACCUUGGCUGGUAUUUCAGGCACAGGAUACCUGGGAUACGCUGUCCAGUUUCCAUAUCGAUACAGCCUUCCUGCUGUCUGUACGGACCCACCACUUUAUGAGUACUACCACCUCGUCCUUCAGCUCCUCAGCCUGAUCAUCAGCACUGCCAUCUUCUCCCUGUCUCUGGUUUUCUGUAUCAGCCUGAAAACGAGAUUCAACUCUACAGGAACUCUCACCGUAUGUAUUGUCGAAGUCACCCUGAAUCCUCCGGCCAAAAGACAAACAACCACGGCCGCAGGGAUUGGGAGAUUGAGAGCCUUUGUUUCUGAGAGCCUCCCAAUGGAGGAAAGGUGGUGGGGGAGGAGAGAAAGAACUUGCGUUUAUAUAGCGCCUGUCACAACCACAGGGCAGCCCAGAACAGUUGACAGCCAAAGAAGUACUUCUUGA